CCGAAGUCAGUCUGCCAGUGGUACCGAUCCCGGUGCUGGUUUCAAGUUCAUUCCGUGUUUGGACCUCGCGCAAAACGGUCGUAUCUCUACUAACUGGUCUGCUAGUCGCGCUGUGUGUUUUCGUGAAGAAGACGACGACAUCUCGAUAAGUGAUCGUGUGAAUAGUAAAACAUCACCAAGCCGGAAGCUGCCGCUUUCUUGAAUGAACAACUGACGGGAGCUGAUGCGGCGAACAUCACAGCAUAACUGCUGAUAAUUGGAAACUGGAAAGAAAUGGAGCGCUUAAGCACUAGAAUGGUGCAGAAUCGACACUUCCGGAUAUUGGUGAUGGCUUUUGCGGUGCUUCUUCCACUGGCCCGAGCGCAAGACUACGAUGUGACUGACAUCCAGUGCUCGUUUGCCUCGCAGGGGUCCAACUUGGGUGACAUCAUAACGGCCAAGCUGAAGAAACCGAUCGGUUUCAAGGGGGCACCCUUGUUUGCAGACGAUCGCGCCGUCAAUCCCGAAGCCGACUUCGCAUGCUCCAUCAAGCAGGACCGGAAAGACCCCAGCGAGCUCAGCUUCGACCUCAAGAUCACCGACUUCUCACGGUGCGGUGUGCUGAAGAGGAAUGGUUUCGUACACGUACGGAUCUGGUUCCCACAGUUCCCGUCAGUUGUGAUGCAGUCCGAUCAGGAAUUGAUCAUCAUGUGUAAACCCCCGGAGCCCACAGUUAUUCAGAAUAAGGCCGCCGGUUUUGCUGGAAGUUUCCCCCAUGGAGCACGUGUCUCCGGUGUUGUCGAAGAAACUCCCGGCCGUCUGGAAUAUGAAGUAGCGCUUUACAAGGAAGCUCCUCCGAUCGCUCGAAUUGCUGGCAUGAAAAACCAUUCAUCCAACUCUCUACCUUCGGUUACGAAUAAUGAGGUUCCAGUGGAUCAAGCAGUCCCUAUUGGAACGAAACUGCAACUGCGGGCUCGCAUCAGUGCUCAAAGCGUCUGGAAAUAUGUCAAACUGCUGGAAGUGACUGUUUCACCCGAUCCAGAUGAUCCACAUGCUUCCGGAUCGGUGUCUUUGGUUCGCGAUGGAUGUCGUAAUCGAGAUUUCGCCUCGAUCAUUCCUCAUCAGCCCGCUCGAUAUCGGGACAAGCCCAAUGAGGUCUUCCUGGACUUUGAAGCUUUCCUGCUUAGCUCGAUGAAGGAACGAAGCACUCUCUGGAUCCACUCACAGAUCAAGGCCUGCAUGGACGCGAUGGAUUGUCAACCGGAUUUUUGCUUGGAUCUCUACGAGCCUACCAAGCGGAAAGGUCUUGGAAGACGUCGUCGUUCUGCAGGAGAAAUAGCUUAUGGAAAUCUCAUAUCAAUGAUCGGACACGAUCGGCAUCGUAGGGCUUCCCUGAACACGACCGAGUUCACCAAAUUCAAAGAAAAUAUAGAAUAUACUGUGAUCAUGCCCGGACAGUAUGACGACAUGAGGUACAAAGAGGUGCCUGAUCAGUGCAAGAACUUUGUGAUGAUCUCCGGAUUACUAGCUGGAUUGCUGGCGCUUUCGACUAUAAUUACUUGUGGUUUGGCAUCACGACUCCAAGGUAACGGGAAGAAGUCCUCGAUAGAUGAGCUCAAUGUUAAGGGCUAUUCUGGCCGGGCAAUUGUACAGUAAUGCGAAUCAGCUCUCAUUCCAAUCGACCAUCCAGUUCAUCACCGUGAUCCAAAAUAUUACAUCAAAGAUUAACUCCCUGUUCCCAUUAUUCAAUAGUUCACCCCGUAAACAAACUAGUUAUGAGCGCUACAGAAUACUGUAUAAACUUAAGAAGCUAGACAAAACAAAUACUUAGAUCGUAAGGUGUAGCACCCAUUUUAGACGUCGAAGAAGAAACGGAAACUGGCCACACUGAAGCAUGAGCCCAAUUUUUAAACCUUACUACGUUUUCGAAGAGUGAAACACUCCUUUAAAAAUUGGGCUUACCAGUUAGGGAACCAGUGCUGCGUGUAGAAAAAAAAUCCAAGGGUAAAAGCAAUCGCACUCGUAAAGUAGACUGCAUUUUGAUUCUUUUAGAGCAAGAACCGAUGUUAGCGAAGACCGGACGUUGGCAGAGCUGCCAGCAGAAGCAUUUAAUGUUAUCGGAUAUUUAUUUAUAUUUUCUUUGUAAGAUUAUUUUAACUGACUAACAAGUUUGAGCGAAGGGUGCCCGUGCGUGUCGAAUCUUUUCGAACUUGGAAUGCAUUGUACAGUGAUUUUAUUCGUAAAUAAAUAGUUGAGUUUAAAUAAAAGA